AUGAAGUGGUGGGGUGGCACAGCAAAGAUCAGCAUUGAAGUUCGUGACAAGUCAAUACCAAAGCAAUGGCUGUUGGAACCGGAGAGCCUACCAUCAAAAGAUCAGCUUACAGUGUUGGGUGUGCCGGCAGAUUCUGGAAAACUCACGGCGGAUGAAAUUGAGAUGACAGACUCUGAUGUCUACCGGCUGUUGGAAGCAUACAGAGCUCGCAAAUGGACAGUGAGACAAGUCGUCACAGCAUUCAUAAAGAAAGCUGUUAUAAUGAACCAGUUGACCAACUUCGUGACCGAGUUCCUAACAGACGACGCCCUCAAGCGAGCAGACGAGCUCGAUGCCCACUUGGAAUCCACAGGCGAACUCGCCAGGCCCCUGCACGGCAUUCCAACCUCAGUAAAAGAGCACAUCUCGCUCGCAAACCGGAUCACCAACGCAGGCUUUGUCUCAUUCAUCAAACAUCCCGUGCCUGCAGAGGACGCGUACCUCGUGCAACUUCUCAAGCAGUCCGGCGCAGUGUUCCACAUCCGUACGAACCAGCCGCAGUCGCUCAUGCACCUCGACUGCGAGAACAACAUCACAGGCCGCACGCUGAACCCGCACAACCUGCGUCUCUCGCCGGGCGGCUCGUCUGGCGGUGAGGGCGUGAGUGUCGGCAGUGGGUGCUCUGUACUCGGCAUCGGAACGGAUAUCGGCGGGAGCAUCAGGAUCCCCGCUGCGUUUGGCAACUGCUACGGGUUAAGGCCGACGGCGUUGAGGGUUACUACAAAGGGCCAAGCUGGUCUGACCGGAGGCCAGGAGAGCAUACGCGGUGUGGCUGGACCGUUGGCUCGGAGUGUGGAGGGGCUGCAGGUCUGGAUGAAGACGGUGCUGGACCAGAAACCCUGGGACGUCGACACUUCUUUGACACCUGUCCCUUGGAGAUCGGAUGUGAAAUUGGGAGACUUCACUGUGGGCGUGAUGUGGGAUGACGGGAUCGUCAAGCCUCACCCGCCUGUGCUGCGAGCUUUGAAGACUGCAGUUGACAAGCUCAAGGCAACUGGAGUGAGUGUUGUGGACUGGGAGCCGUACGACCAUCAGCGAGGAUGGGAUAUUGUCGCUCCUCUCUACUUCCCAGACGGCGGCAAGCGCUACAUGGACGAGUUUGCCAAAUCAGGUGAGCCCGCCCUGCCUCUGACGCUGCACGCCUUCGACUUCGCGAGAAACUCUGGCAAGGUGCCCCUCAGUGUCCAUGACAACUGGGCGCUGAACCGCGAGCGGGAAGACUACCGGCGAGAGCACCAUGCCAUGAUGAAAGAGCGCGGUGUGGACUUUAUCCUAGGCCCGGCAUAUGUUGGCGCAGGAGUGCUGCAAGGUGGUGCGAAAUAUUGGCACUACACAUCUGUCUGGAACAUCUUGGACCUGCCUUCUGUGGUUUUGCCAAGUGGACUCAGGUGUGACAAGAACGUGGACGUCAGAGACGAGACUUAUCAGCCGAGGAGCGAUGUUGAUGGGGAAGAGUGGAAAUCCUAUGAUCCAGAAUUGUUUCAUGGAGUCCCAAUAGCCGUGCAGCUGGCUGGGAAACGAUUCAAGGAUGAGGAAGUGCUUGCGGCGGCAAAACUGCUAGACGAUGCGAUUAAGGGAGGAGUCAAUUGA